UAGGCCGUGACGAUGAUAAUGGCAAAAUAUUAUGUGAAAUUGCGUUGUUGAUAAGUCCGAAACGCUCCAAAGUGAAAUUUUUAUUUGUUAUUAGUUUUGAUUUCCGGGUUAGACUUUAGUAGAAUACAUUAUUAGUAGAGAAGACAAUUAGAACAAUAGUAGCGUCAGUAGUUGUUCAUUUAGUUGUACCUGUGUAUUAUACUAAUAUAAGUUUUCCGUUAUAUACAUUGUUAAAUUGUUGGCAAAUAGAACAAAAAAAAAAAUUCGUCCGUCAGUACUUACACAUACAUACGAAACAAAUAACUGUUGAUAAUGUCGACUCCGGCGCGGCGUAGAUUGAUGAGAGACUUCAAAAAAUUACAAGAAGACCCGCCAGCCGGUAUUAGCGGCACUCCAACAGACAACAAUAUUAUGCUGUGGAAAGCUGUGAUAUUCGGACCCCACGACACGCCGUUCGAAGACGGCACGUUCAAAUUAACAAUAGAAUUCACCGAAGAAUACCCAAAUAAGCCGCCGACCGUCAGGUUCGUUUCGAAGAUGUUCCACCCAAACGUCUACGCCGACGGCGGCAUUUGCUUAGACAUACUGCAAAAUCGUUGGAGUCCUACUUACGACGUGGCCGCCAUUUUGACGUCCAUACAGUCGCUGCUCAGCGAUCCCAACCCCAACUCGCCGGCCAACUCCAUGGCUGCGCAGUUGUACAAAGAAAAUCGCCGUGAGUACGAGAAACGAGUGAAGUCGUGCGUCGAGCAAAGCUUUAUCGAUUAACGACAACAUUAAGUACUAGUCUUGUCGGUAUUUCAAUGAGAAAAAUCCUCCAUUGUACGUGUGUUUCUUUAAAAAUAAGCAAAAUUGUUAAAAUUUAACGCUGCGAUUUAUUUUUAACAAAUAAUAUAUUGUGUAAAACAAAAAGAAGAAUCAUUGUUUACUUUGAAUUUCACGCCUCGUAGAUUUAAUAGACAUUAAUAUAAACGAAGAUGUUUAAUAAUUAUAAUUAUUACUUCAUAGACAUUAUUAUGUAUAUAAUUUACCAAUAAGUGAUUAUUUUUUUUUUUUAUAUAUAAUUUUUUU